AUGGAGGAGUAUAAACGUGUGCAUGAGCGACAGGUGAUAGCUAAGGUACUGAGAACAGGAAAGUGGCAAGCACCUCAAGGAAAUGAAGUAGAGAUUAACUUUGACGGGGCAUCGAACAGGGAAAGAACAAUUGCAGGAAUAGGGGUUAUUGCGAGGCAUAACAAAGGAGAGGUGUUGGGCUCGUUGUGCAGUACUGCAGCAAGGAUUAGAGAUCCAGAAAUCAUAGAGGGACUGGCUGCUGUAAAAGCGGCAGAAUAUGCUCGUAUGCUGGGUUUUCGAAGAGUAAUAUUGGAAGGAGAUGCCCUUGGAUUUAUAACUCAACUGGCCCAAGAUCAAGGAAACAAUCUAUUUGCGGUCUGGAAUUUGGUGACGGAUACCAGAAAGAUGCUAAACCACAUGGCGGGUUGGUCAUGCUCUCAUUUUGACCGGGAAGCCAAUGGAGCUGCUCAUAAGUUGGAAAGAAUGGCUGUGGAUAAUCUUGAAUCCUCGACCUGGAAUGGUGGUUAUCCAGAUCAUAUUCCAGAUAUUGUAUUUCAUGAAAACCAUUUUUAA